GUCGGCGUCCUUUCCUCUGACCUCUUGCUGUUCCUCCUGACGAUAUAGCAAACGAUGCGUGAUCGUAUUCUGACCAACUUCGUCCUCGACCAGAAAGCGCCCAGCGCCCAGUCGGUCAGGUGCACUAAUCCCGAAGGAUUCGAGUACAUCCUCACCUGCCUCUCUCCUUCCAUCCUCAAGCUCACGCUCACUUCGCCCGAUCACCCGGCGCCAGUGCACUCCAAUAUCGUCUGGGACACACCGGCUGAAGGAUUCCAUGCUGUAGACUAUGCGGAAGAUGGCAAAGUGAGGUUGAGCAUGGGGGCGCCUAAGGAGGGAGGUGUACAACUGGAGCUCGCUCUUCCGCACCUAACGCUGCGCGCCUCUGCUCUCUGGCCUCUCCCUGGCUCCAGUGCCCCGCCCUCAUUGGUGGUCCUGCAUUCCGACCUCCCGAACCGUACUUUUGCAUGCACGCCCCACGGGCUGACGCACUAUUCUGUCAUCCCUGGUCUGCCUGGGGCUCUGGAGGCGCUGCACCUCGGCCUGGGGGAGAAAGCCGCUCCACUGGGUUUGACGAAUCGGAGGUUUGAAGUGACGGGAAAGGAUGCGGCGAACUAUGAUGCCUGGAGGACGGAUCCGCUGUACAAGCAUACACCGUGGUUGAUCACUCUGAAGAAAGGCGGCGGAUACGCGGUCGGGUUGUAUAACGCUUCCAACUCGGAUGGGGUGUGGAACGUCGGUUGUGAGGUCGACGACCCCUGGGGGAGGUACAAGUUCUAUGCGCAGGACGUGGGGGGGAUCGAGGAGUAUCUUAUCUUUGGGCGCACGACGAGGGAUGUUCUCAGAGACUGGGCUCGCUUGGUCGGUUUUCCUCUCCUCCCCCCGCGUCACUGGCUCGGUUACUUGGCGAGCAGCAUGGGCUACGCCGAGUCUGACGACCCGCCCGCCCAGCAGCUGCUGGAGGACUUUCCCAGGAAAUGCAGGGAGGAAGAUAUUCCCUGCAGUGCUAUGCAUCUCAGUUCUGGGUACACCGUGGCCAUGACCACGCCCAAACACCGGCAAGUGUUCACUCUGAACACACAUCGCUACCCCUCUUUCCCUUCUCUUUUCGCAAACUAUCACGCGCAAGGCAUGCGCAUCGCCCCCAAUAUCAAGCCCUUCGUCCUCCGCACGCACCCUGCCUUCCCCGCCCUCUUGGCCAAAGGCGCGGUCUUCAAAGACGCGCAGGGCGAACUGGCGGAAACGAGGAUCUGGAGCGCGCUGCCAGGGGAGAACGCUAGUGGAGCGUGGCUUGAUAUGACGAGCGAGGAGGGCCGGCGUUGGUGGUAUGCUGGCGUGAAGGGAUUGGUGGACGCAGGGGCGGACGCGAUGUGGAACGACAACGACGAGUUCUCAUUGCAUGACGAUUCGUACCAGUGUGCUUGGACGCUGCCUUCCCUGCCCGACGCCGGUAAGGGGACGAAAGAAGUUGGACUGGUAGGACGCAUGGUGCACACCGAGCUCCUGGGGCAGGCGUCAUACGAGGCCCUGCGGGAUGCCGACAGCCGCAGACGGCCGUUCAUCCUCACCAGGAGUGCGAACGUAGGGACGUUGAAGUGGUGCGCGAGUACGUGGAGCGGGGAUAACUGGACGUCCUGGGAGACUUUGAGGGGGAAUGUGGCGAUGUGUUUGAAUGCGGGAAUGUCGUUGAUGCAUAGCUAUGGACACGAUGUCGGCGGGUUUGGUGGGCCGUUGCCUACGAUAGAGCUCUUCACGCGCUGGGUCCAGUCCUGCGUGUACAACCCUCGGUUCUGCAUCCAUUCCUUCAAGCCAACCGUCACCAACAAAGCCGGAACGUCGACGAUCAACGAGCCCUGGAUGCAUCCCUCCGUCACCCACCUCAUCCGUGCUAGCAUCAAGCGGCGCUACGAGCUGCUGCCGUACCUAUAUGCGCUGCACUGGGAGAGUCACGAGAAGGCCGAGCCUCUAAACACUUGGCUCGGAUGGGGAGAAUUCGAGGCCGACCCGGAGGUAUACAGCGUCAAGGUUUUUGAAGGAUACGAUUUCUGGCUUGGGACGGGCAGGCUGCUGGUGGCUAGUGUUGGUUAUGAGAACGACAUCGACCGGAAGGUGUACCUUCCCCACACUGCAGAAGAGCCGACGAGAGGAUACUAUCUUCUCACCCCGCCUUACAGUUUCCAUACCCCUGGGUGGGUGACGGUUCCCACCCCGCUGGAGCAUAUUGCUGUUUUCGCCUGGGUGGGGAGCGUGAUACCCAUCGGAAAGGACAAGGUUACUGUCACGUCGCGUGAAGGACUAGACCGUGUAGGGAGAAGCGGGACGAAGGCGGUGCUAGAUGACGAACUUGGACCGGAUGGGCUUCCUGGUGUGGUAGGCGUGGAUGAUUGGAGGGGAGUGGAACUUUACCCUUCGCCGAAGGAUGCAGAGCCUGUGAAGAAAGUCAGGAAGUGGGGAUGGGAGUGGACGGAGGAUGAUGGAGAGUCCUUAGUGCCACAGCCGACGAGAGUCAAAGUGGAGUACUGGGUUGAGGGAGAAGAAAUCGUCGUGGUUGCGCGCAGGGGCGGUGGGUGGGAGGUGGCCUGGGGGGGAAGUGUAUGGGUGACGUUACCGAGGGGAGAUGACAGAGCUGUCAGGGGCGCAAAUAUGAAGGAGGAAAAGGGGAGGGUAUGGUGGGAAGUGAAAGUUCAACUGAAUUAA